GGACACGAGCGCAGCAUCCUCGCUGCAGCCGCUACCGCUGCUGCACCUGGUCAGGUGGCAUUCACCAUCACUGUUUUCUUCUUUCAUCAUCAUCAUCAUCAUCAUCAACAACAACACCACGACCAUCACCAUCAACAUUUCUCUUCCUCUAUCAGAGCUCUCCAAGUUCUGCAAAAGCAGUCUCUGUUCAGGCAUGCUGAGUGGCAUCACGUUUUUGACAUCUCAAAGCCUGGAGCCUGCCCAAGAGAAGGUCAAUCUAGAUUGAUCAGUCCUGGACCAGUUGUACCAUGGGGCUGUCUCGUUGCUGGAGAUGACUGUCAGAUGCUUUCCUUUCAUAGCCACCAUCACAUGGCCCACCACCGGAGCCUGAGAAGCCUGACCACAGACCAGCAUCUCCGAGGCAUGAAUAAUUAGGUAGGCAUAAUGGAAGGCACUCACUGCACCCUCCAAUUGCGUAAGCCCAUUACGGAACUCUGCUACAUCAGCUUCUAUCUUCCGAGGGGGGAAGUCAGAGGAUUUUCAUACAAGGGCACCAUAACUCUAGACAGAUCCAGUAAAGGGUUUCAUAACUGCUACCAAGUCAGGGAGGGAUCCGACAUCAACAGCCUCAGCCGGCAGCCGAACGAACAUCCGGGCGACAUAUUUUUCAAGCCAACUCCCACGAAAGACAUUCUAACUGAGCUGUACAAACUCACGGCCGAGAGGGAGAGACUGCUGGCCAAUCUGCUGAGCUCAGACCACAUCCUGGGCAUUACGAUGGGGAACCAGGAGGGGAAGCUGCCGGAGCUCUCUGUGAGCCUGGCCUCCGAGGACGACUGUUUCCAGAGUGCUGGCCACUGGCUGGGGGAGCCCGCCGUGGGCUGUCUCAGUAAGAGGAGCUCCCAGGGGAACAAAAAGGCCCGGAGGUUUGGUGGAAGGAGAGAGAGCUUUGAGGGGCUCUCUCAAAACUCCCUGCAGAAGAGGGCAAGACGAAAGGGGCAUGGGGGCCAGGACUUGGCUCCUCUGAUGGGGAAGGACCAGAUCUGUUCCAGCAGCGCCCUUCCUCUUUCUCAAACAAGGCCUCACGUUUGGCUCCUAGAGGAGAGAGGCAACUUGCUCCCGAAUAGGGCACUUACCUCUUCCCUACAGAGGAGAGGGAGCUGCACCCCAGGGAUCCCCAGGACACUGGAUGCUGACUCUGCCUUGGGGAGCUUCAAGAAGGCUUCUGAGGUUGCGGGGCAUGGAAGAGGCAGGCUGCCCCCUGAAUGCAGCUCCACAGAGCCAGGAGAUGAUGGUGCCGGGGGGCCAAAGAGGGGCCCUCGCAGGCUGGCGCAUCUGCAAACAGGUUCGACCGAAAGUCACAAGGAGCCCGAGAAAUAUCCAGAGGCAGAGGGGGGCCGGACAGAGAAGGCUGCUGAACGGACUUGCAGGAAGAAGCCUAUUUCCAAAGUGGUGGCCAAAGUCCAGGAUCUGUCUGCUCAGGUGCAACGAGUCGUUAAAAUGCAUCCUGAGGGUGAGGAAAGGGUUGCCGUUUGCCCAGCAGCGCAAGCUGAGUUCAUACCCAGCGCAGACUUGCUCAUCCUCCCGGAAGCUGAGGCUGGGGCUUGGGGUGCCAGCUGUUGGGGCAAGGAGCAGCGAGGGGACGGGUCAUGGCAGCCAUCAGCUGAGGAGGGUCCCCUAGCCGGCACUGUGGGGGCUGUGAACAAGGUCCUCCUGAAGGUGAUAGAGAGCGAGAAAUUAGAUGAAGCCACCGAGGGGAAACGGCUGGGAUUUCCCUUCGGGACGACAGCCGCCCAUACCCUCCCAGAAACCGGGAGCAAGAGGGGAGCUGGGUUGCUUCUGAGUGGCCACAAAACCUUGUUUCUGGAUCUGCCCCGCGGUGUGGACCCUGGAGGUGAUGAGAAGAGGCCACCACCCCCAGCACUGGCAGCUCUCGGCACGGUAUUUAAUAAUUCAUCCUUUCCGUCCAGCACGCACAAAUGGAUGUCACCUGUUCCCUUGCCUCUCUCUCCAAGGCUCCCCAGCCCUCAGCAGCAUCACAGGAUCCUCCGGCCCCCCUCACUGCCUGCUGAGAGGGAAGCCGCUCUUGAUGACUCUCUUGGUAGAAAGAGCCGUGCUUUCUCUGGGUCACCCUCUGCUGACACCUUGGAGCCACCACUCUCUGCAAAGGUCACGGAGACCGAAGGAGCCCACUCGACCUCCCUCAGAGCGGGCCAACCUCGGUUGGUGCCUGGGGAACCUUUGGAAAAGAGCUUGGGGCCUGGGAGGACCGCAGCUCAGCCCCAGCACCGGUCACCUCCAGGCAUCCCUUCUGAGGGCUUCCCCCGGGACUGCUUCAGUGAGCAGACAGCAGCUAAAGACCUUCCCAGCAGGGAUGGAGGUGCGUGGGUCCUGGCCUACAGAGCAGGACCAGUCGGUCCAUUUCUGCUCCAUGAAGAAAGAGAGAAGCCCAACAGAAGCAAACUGUACUUGGAUCUCCAUCCUGACCACAGCCCCACUGAACAGGACGAUAGGACUCCUGGCAGACUCCAAGCUGUCUGGCCACCCCCAAAGACAAAAGACACAGAAGAAAAAGUGGGAUUGAAGUACACUGAAGCAGAAUACCAAGCUGCUAUUUUACACUUGAAGAGGGAGCACAAAGAAGAAAUUGAAAACCUGCAGGCUCAGUUCGAACUUCAAGCCUUUCAUAUCCGGGGUGAGCAUGCGGUGAUAACAGCGAGACUAGAAGAAACCAUUGAAAAUCUCAAAUACGAGAUAGAACACCGAUGGCGAGGAGGAUGUGAAGAGAUGAGAGAUGUGUGUGUCUCCACCGACGAUGACUGCCCUCCAAAGACUUUCAGAAAUGUGUGCAUCCAGACAGACAGAGAGACUUUCCUCAAACCCUGCGAAGGUGAAGACAGGACAACCAGAAGUAACCAAAUAAUUCCCAAAAAGCUGAAUAUCUCCUCUUUAAGCCAGCUCUCUCCCCCAAAUGACAGCAAAGACACCAAUGUACCACUUCAAUCUGCGGAAAGCAUCUCAUCGAGUCAGCAGAAGGCAACACCUCCCCCUCCCCCUCCCCCUCCCGCACCACCCCUACCGGCAGCCAUCCCUCCCCCUCCUCCCCUCCCACCCGCACUUGGACCACCACUGGCACCUCCGCCACCCCCUGUGAAUACUGGACCUCCCCCGCCUCCGCCACCUCCUCUGCCCCCAAGUGCUGGACCUCCCCCCCCUCCCCCACCCCCCCCACUUCCUCACUCCACCGCUCCGCCCAACAGUGGGGGGCCUCCUCCUCCUCCGCCACCCCCAGGACCUGCGCCUCCACCUCCUCCUGGACUCUUCUUCGGAGUCAAUGCUUCUGCUAGCCAGUGUCCUCGGAAGCCAGCCGUCGAACCCAGUUGUCCCAUGAAGCCUCUGUACUGGACUAGGAUACAAAUAAGCGAUAAGAGCCAAAAUUCUACACCAACCUUAUGGGAUUCCUUAGAAGAACCUGAUAUUCGGGAUACUAGCGAAUUUGAGUAUUUAUUCUCCAAAGACACACCUCAGCAGAAGAAGAAACCUCUGUCAGAGUCCUAUGAGAAAAAAAACAAGAUCAAAAAGAUCAUCAAGUUAUUGGAUGGAAAACGAUCUCAAACUGUGGGAAUCUUGAUAUCUAGUUUGCAUUUAGAAAUGAAGGAUAUCCAGCAGGCCAUUUUUAACGUGGAUGAUUCUGUGGUUGAUCUGGAAACCCUGGCGGCCUUAUAUGAAAACAGAGCCCAAGAGGAUGAACUCGUUAAAAUAAGAAAGUAUUAUGAGACAUCCAAAGAGGAAGAAUUGAAGCUACUGGAUAAACCUGAGCAAUUUUUACACGAGUUAGCCCAGAUCCCUAAUUUUGCUGAACGUGCCCAGUGUAUAAUCUUCAGAUCUGUCUUUUCUGAGGGCAUUACUGCCGUGCACCGAAAGGUAGAGAUCAUCACACGAGCCUCUAAGGGCUUGCUGCAAAUGAAGAGUGUGAAGGAUAUUUUGGCUCUCAUUCUGGCUUUUGGAAACUAUAUGAAUGGAGGAAAUAGGACUCGGGGACAAGCAGAUGGAUAUAGCUUAGAAAUUCUGCCCAAACUCAAGGACGUCAAAAGUCGGGAUAAUGGGAUUAAUCUGGUGGACUACGUUGUGAAAUAUUACCUGCGUUACUAUGAUCAGGAAGCAGGAACAGAAAAGAGUGUUUUCCCCCUGCCCGAACCACAAGAUUUCUUUCUGGCCUCCCAAGUCAAAUUUGAAGACCUUAUAAAAGAUUUGAGAAAACUGAAGAGGCAACUAGAAGCAAGUGAGAAACAGAUGGCAGUGGUGUGUAAGGAGUCACCAAAGGAGUAUCUGCAGCCGUUCAAGGACAGACUCGAAGAGUUCUUCCGGAAAGCCAAAAAAGAGCAUACAAUGGAAGAAAGUCACUUGGAGAAUGCACAGAAAAGUUUUGAAACAACAGUAGGAUAUUUUGGGAUGAAGCCAAAGUCUGGUGAGAAGGAGAUCACACCUAACUACGUGUUUAUGGUGUGGUAUGAGUUCUGCAGUGACUUCAAGACAAUUUGGAAACGGGAGAGUAAAAACAUAUCUAAAGAAAGACUGAAAAUGGCUCAGGAAUCAGUCAGCAAGUUAACAGCAGAGAAGAAAGUGGAGACAAAGAAAAUUAACCCCACGGCUAGUCUGAAAGAAAGACUGCGUCAGAAGGAAGCCAGCGUGAGCACCAACUAACACAGAGACACAGGAAAACAAUGAUGGUGAGACGUAGUACUCUGCAUGAUCCUUUGUAACACCAGCGUUGCAAGAAGUUCUCGAAAGAUAUGUCACUAAAUGUUUAUUUUGCUCAUCUCUUUCUGAGCACCCCGUGCCUUCUUAAAGAAGUCCCUUGUUAAGCCAUAGGAACAAUGAAAAACUGCUGAAGAACUGUUUGAUAACUGUUUCUUCUAGAGGUCCAAAGUUCGCUCUGUUAUGAGACCAGAAGAAUUAUCAAGAUUUUCCAAUUUUUUUUUAAAAGCAGAGAUUUCAAGCUUUCUAACCCAAACCUGAUAUAUAUAAACUUGUGACAGAAGAAGAGAAGGAUGUUCUGUGACAGUUGCCUUGAGCAAGUUCAAGCCUUGGUCUUUACAUACUGCUGGUUUGAUUAUUGAUCUUAAUUUUGAUCCUAUUGCAGCAAGAUCCUGAAGCACCCUUCUCGCCAAAAAUGUUGAAACUUACCAAAACUACUUUAAGAGGUCCAAGACUAUCUAUUUUCCACACUCAAAAAACGGUUAUUUUUUUCAUUGUUUUUUAUGUAACAGAACAGAAAAUGGAAUUAUACAUGGAUGGAGAAGGGGGUUAAAUAGCCAUAAACUUCAUCCUGGAGAACAAAUUAUGAUACAGGGAGUUGGCAUCAGCCAUUUAGAGAGACCCAUUCUUUUGUUUUCAUAUCAGUUCAUUGGGGUUUCCUGGACCACUAGGGAUUCUCCACCCCUUCUGUCCCAGAAGAAACUGUGAUAUCUGAGUGGGGACAGACUUGCGGUCAAAGCACCUGCUUGGACGAGUGACCCAGUAUCAAUCAGAGCACAUCUCACACCUCAAAUCAUCUAUGCGUGGAUAACACCUUGUUGACCUACAGCUGAGCUGUACACCGUGUUCUGGGACCGGAUGUGGCUGGACCUCUCCCACCAACCCCAGGAGGCAGUUUCUAGACAGGAGAGCAGAUGCUACUUGCAGCCCUUUACCAUGACCUUGACCGACAGGCAUGUGACAUAUGGUGAAGCAGGGGUUUUUUAAUGUCAAAAAAAAAACCACAAAAAACUAAGGGCAGAAAAAGAGUUCUUUACAUCAAAAUGGGAAGAAGGUGAUUACAUUGAUAUUGAACUUUGAGUGGAACAUUAUACAUAGGCAGCUUUUUCUGACCCUGGAAGCCCAUGUGACCACUGCCUCUUGAGUCACAGGGAAACCACAUUGGACCUCUUUCCUAACAUUUUUUCCUUAAGCCACCACUCUUCUAGUCUAUCUAUCUUGUGAGGAGAGAAGAGAGGAGACUUGGGGUGAACUGAGAUGAGGAUCAAAGCCUGUCAGGUUUCAGCCUUGAAAGGAGAGAGGCCCAAGCUUUCUCCUCCAGUUGGUGGAGGACCGUCUAGAGAUGAGCAGAAACUUUAAAACCCUUCCCCAUCCGCCUGCCACGUGUGGCCUGCCCCUUGCCCCACCGUCUUCCCAGGCGCCUGAGUGUCUACCCAGGACAUGCCUGCUAGUCAUCAGCCCCCCUCAGGGACCCCAUAAUAGAUCUGGCCAAUUAAAGCAGCACCAUAUUCUAAUAGAAUGCCCAUUCGGGGAAUCAAGAAUGAACAAUCAGGAUCAAAUCAAGUCAUGAAGCCAUAUUCAUGCAGGUGCUAAUCACCUUUUCUAACAAUUCAAAAGAAAGGAAUAUAAUAAUAUGGUUUGGUUUUUUUCCCCCCAAAAAUAAAAGGAUGAGACAAGCAAAA